AUGACGCGCAAACUCAAGCACCACGAGCAGAAGCUCCUGCGCAAGGUCGACUUCAACACCUACAAGUCCGACAACGACCACCGCGAGACCCUCGUAAUGCGCCGCUACGCCAUCCAAGGCCGCGACGACUACCGGAAGUACAACCAGCUCUGCGGCUCCCUGCGCCAGCUCGCACACCGCAUCGCGAAUCUCGACCCUGCCGAUCCUUUCCGCCGGAAACAGGAAGACUUGCUGCUCGAGAAGCUGUUCGACAUGGGCGUUUUGGGCACGGGAGGAGGCGGGCGCGGCAAGCUGAGCGACGUCGAGCACAAGGUUACGGUCAGCGCGUUUGCGAGGAGGAGGCUGCCGGUGGUCAUGACGAGGUUGAGGAUGAGCGAGCAUCUGACGAGUGCGAUCAAGAUGAUUGAGCAGGGGCACGUCCGGGUUGGGACUACCGUCAUCACGGAUCCGGCGUACUUGGUGACAAGGAACAUGGAGGACUUUGUCACUUGGGUCGACUCGUCCAAGAUCAAGCGCAACAUCAUGAAGUACCGCGACAAGCUGGACGACUUCGAGCUCGAGGCUUUGUAA